AAAGUGCCGGGGUGGUGGGGCUGCGGCUGCUCCGCCCGAAACUUCUGACCCCCCUUCCCGCUGUCCAUGUAGCCGCCCGGCCGCCGGCCCCUCCGCACUAUGCCCAUCUUACUCUUCCUGAUAGACACGUCCGCCUCCAUGAACCAGCGCACCCAUCUGGGCACCACCUAUCUGGACAUAGCCAAAGGCGCUGUAGAGACUUUCAUGAAGCUCCGAGCCCGGGACCCGGCCAGCCGGGGAGACAGGUACAUGUUGGUCACUUUCGAGGAGCCUCCCUACGCUAUCAAGGCUGGCUGGAAGGAAAACCAUGCAACGUUUAUGAAUGAACUGAAAAACCUUCAAGCUGAAGGACUCACAACUCUUGGCCAGUCCCUAAGGACAGCUUUUGACUUAUUAAACUUAAAUAGAUUAGUAACUGGCAUAGACAACUAUGGGCAGGGACGAAACCCCUUUUUUCUGGAGCCAGCAAUAAUUAUAACAGUUACUGAUGGAAGUAAAUUAACUACUACUAGCGGGAUACAGGAAGAGCUCCAUUUACCCCUCAAUUCCCCUCUACCUGGAAGUGAGUUGACCAAGGAACCCUUUCGAUGGGACCAGAGGUUAUUUGCUUUGGUUCUCCGUUUGCCUGGUAUUACAGCACCAGAAUCAGAGCAGAUGACAGGGGUACCAGUGGAUGACUCUGCAAUCACACCUAUGUGCGAAGUCACAGGAGGUCGAUCAUAUUGUGUCUGCUCCCCAAGAAUGCUGAAUCAGUGUCUUGAGUCAUUGGUGCAAAAAGUGCAAAGUGGAGUGGUAAUAAACUUUGAAAAAGCUGGACCGGAUCCCACACCGAUUGAUGAUGGCCAGGUGGAUAUAUCUAGACCCUUUGGACCCCAACCUUGGCACAGCUGUCACAAACUUAUUUAUGUCAGACCAAACCCUAAAACUGGGGUUCCUAUAGGUCAUUGGCCUGUUCCUGAAUCCUUUUGGCCAGAUCAAAAUUCUCCAACACUGCCACCUCGCACAUCUCAUCCUGUGGUGAAAUUUUCCUGUACUGACUGUGAGCCGAUGGUAAUUGACAAACUGCCUUUUGAUAAAUACGAGUUAGAACCUUCACCACUGACCCAGUUUAUCUUGGAAAGAAAAUCCCCUCAGACCUGCUGGCAGGUAUAUGUGAGCAAUAGUGCAAAAUACAGUGAACUUGGUCAUCCUUUUGGGUACUUGAAAGCUAGUACAGCGCUGAACUGUGUGAAUUUAUUUGUGAUGCCUUACAAUUAUCCAGUGCUCCUUCCACUGCUAGAUGACUUGUUUAAAGUACACAAGGCAAAGCCUACAUUGAAAUGGCGACAGUCAUUUGAAAGCUAUUUGAAGACAAUGCCUCCAUAUUAUCUUGGGCCUUUGAAGAAAGCUGUGAGAAUGAUGGGAGCACCAAACCUUAUAGCUGACAAUGUGGAAUAUGGACUUAGUUACAGUGUCAUUUCCUAUCUCAAAAAGUUGAGUCAGCAGGCCAAAAUAGAGUCCGAUAGAGUCAUUGGCUCUGUAGGCAAAAAGGUAGCGCAAGAGACUGGAAUUAAGGUCAGAAGCAGAUCACACAACCUGUCUAUGGCACAUAGGAACGAUUUUCAACAUCUGCUACAGGGGAUUACUGGGGAAAUUCCUCAUAGACCUCUAGACCUCAAUAUGAAGGAGUAUGCUGGGUUCCAAAUAGCUUUGCUGAAUAAGGAUUUGAAACCACAGACUUUUAGAAAUGCUUACGACAUACCUAGAAGAAAUCUUUUGGAUCAGUUAACACGAAUGAGAUCUAAUUUACUGAAGAGUACUCGCAAGUUCCUUAAAGGACAAGAUGAAGACCAAGUUCACAGUGUACCUAUAGCACAAAUGGGAAACUACCAGGAGUAUCUAAAACAAGUACCUUCUCCACUCCGAGAACUUGAUCCUGAUCAACCACGAAGGCUUCAUACAUUUGGCAAUCCAUUCAAAUUGGACAAAAAGGGAAUGAUGAUAGAUGAAGCAGAUGAGUUUGUAUCAGGGCCUCAAAAUAAACAUAAAAGACCUGGAGAACCAAAUAUGCAAGGGAUUCCGAAACGACGACGUUGUAUGUCACCCCUGCUCAGAAGUCGACCACAAACUCCUCCAGUUGUGAAUAAUCACAUCGGAGGAAAAGGGCCACCAACACCAACCACACAAGCACAGCCUGACCUUGUUAAACCUAUUCCUGUUCACAAAACAUCAGAAACAAAUAAUGAGGUUACAAUAGAUGAUGUGGUUGAGAAUCAUGUUACAGAUCCACUUUCGUCAGAUGUUUUCCCAAAUACUGUGGAUUCAGAGUUUUCAACGUCUUCUUCUCUGUUCAGUUCAUUGGAUCGACAAGCAACUCAUACAGAGGAUAUAGGUCAUGAACAUUUAGGGAAUAACAUGAAUGUUGAUGGGUUUUUGGAGAAUCAUGAGGAAUCAGGUAAUAAAGAACAAAGUACCGAAGAGAACUUGCUGGUGUCUUCACCUAACAAAGGGAAAAAGCCAGUGCAUUGCAGAAGUUCCAGAGAGAUUAAUAUAGAGCUAAGAGCACAAAUUAUGAAGGAGAUCCGAAAACCAGGAAGGAAAUAUGAAAGAAUCUUCUUUUUACUAAAACAUGUACAAGGAAGCUUACAAACUCGACUGAUAUUUCUACAAAAUGUUAUUAAAGAAGCUUCAAGGUUUAAAAAACGAAUGCUGAUAGAACAGCUUGAGAAUUUUCUGGAAGAAAUCCAUCGCAGAUCUAAUCAGGUCAACCAUAUCAACAACACCUAAGAAACACUGCACACGAGAAAAAGCCACAGCAGGGCUCUGCUGUCCUUACUUGCAUUCAUUUUUGACAUGCGCUUUUAUCUCAAGGUCUUGUAUCUGAAAGAAUGAGAAGCUGCUCUAUAAAAUGAUGAGAAAAAUAUCCAUCAUCUUUUUUCUUCAUUUCUGUUAUUUUUGUAAUGUGAAAAAUAUUACAAAAACAUUCUUAUUUAUCUAAAUGGAGAACUUCUUGCUUGUCAUGGACUUAAGUGUCACUUUCCCUCAGGUUCUAUUUUUCUUAAUCCAACCUUCAAAACUAUCACCUCUUAAGGUUGAACUUUGCCAAAAAGUUGCUUUGUAAUUUUCAAAAAAAAAUAAAAGGCAAAAAAAAAAGAAAGCACAUACAUUAAACAAGGUAAUGUUUUGUAUAUGCAGUUAUUUUGGAUAUAUUAUUGUAAGUUGUAUAAAUGUAUUUUGAGAAAUAUUUAAGAAAAGCACUUUUGUUAUUCCAUCAAUAAAAUCUCUAUUUUAAUCUUU